UGCUGACGACGAACCACUGCGCAUGAAUAUAUAUAUCAAAAUUACAUCAAAGAACACAAUCAAAAUCUCUUAGAAGUGGAUCGUAAAAAUUAAACUAAUUUAAAAAAACAACAAAAAAUGGCGAGCAUUAGAAUUCUAAGAAGUGUAGGCACUAAUUUGUUUACACCGAUAUCGAAGUUAGUACCGAGAGCAACAGCUGUACAACCAUCGAGGAGUAAAUAUUUUAUUAUCACACCAAAAGAUGAUCCCCAUUGGCCUGAUGCUUUACCUGGUGAAGCGGACACUGUUUAUGCUCGAGAGUUAGUUAAUGGAAUGAUGACUUCAUUGCAAUGUUUUUUCAAAGAGCCUGUGACAAUAAAUUAUCCGUUUGAAAAAGGUCCCUUGAGUCCCAGGUUCCGAGGUGAACAUGCUCUCAGAAGAUAUCCAUCAGGAGAAGAGCGAUGCAUUGCAUGCAAGCUUUGCGAAGCGAUUUGUCCUGCUCAGGCUAUAACAAUCGAAGCAGAAGAAAGAGAAGAUGGUUCUAGAAGAACAACUCGAUAUGACAUUGAUAUGACCAAGUGUAUUUACUGUGGAUUCUGUCAAGAAGCUUGUCCUGUAGAUGCGAUUGUCGAAGGUCCCAACUUUGAAUUUUCGACCGAGACGCAUGAAGAAUUAUUGUACAACAAAGAAAAGCUAUUGAAUAAUGGAGAUAGAUGGGAAAGUGAAAUUGCUAGCAAUAUUCAAGCUGAUCAUUUGUACCGAUAAAAAUAUUACUACUGGUCUUAGUUAUUCUGUUUCAAUGAGUAUAAACUACUUAGUAUUACAUUUCAUUGUCGGCGAUGACAACAGGAUGUCGACAAACAGGACAUGUGUAGACAUCAGCUUUGAAACUUCUUUGCAUACAAUUUUGGCAGAUAUUAUGCAAACAUUUGAUUGUUAUCGGGUUCCAUACUAUUUCUAGACAGCAAACACAUGUAAAUCUAUAAAAAUAAAAUAUGUAAUAAAUCAUACAUAAAUUAUUCAUUA